ACACUCUCUCUCUUACGUUACACCAAUCAAAGGCACCUCUUUCUAUAUUGAAACCACGAUCUCGUCCCGGCAUCUUCUUUAUAAUUUUUAUCUGCAAAAAUGCCUCUCAGACUCGAAAUUAAGAAGAAACUUGCUCAAAGGUCAGAGAGAGUAAAAUCCGUAGAUCUCCAUCCAACAGAACCAUGGAUUCUAGCAAGUUUGUAUACCGGAACUGUGUGUAUCUGGAACUACCAGUCACAGACCUUGGCUAAGUCAUUCGAAGUCACUGAGUUGCCAGUUAGGUCAGCCAAGUUUGUUUCACGCAAACAAUGGGUUGUUGCUGGAGCUGAUGACAUGUUUAUUCGGGUAUACAAUUACAACACGAUGGAUAAGGUUAAAGUAUUUGAGGCACAUACCGAUUACAUCAGAUGUGUGGCUGUCCAUCCUACUCUUCCUUAUGUGUUGUCAUCGUCUGAUGAUAUGCUCAUAAAGCUUUGGGAUUGGGAGAAGGGUUGGGUGUGUACUCAGAUAUUUGAGGGACAUUCCCAUUAUAUCAUGCAAGUGACCUUUAAUCCCAAGGACACUAAUACUUUUGCCAGUGCAUCUCUUGACCGUACUAUAAAGAUUUGGAACCUUGGCUCCCCCGACCCAAAUUUUACUCUGGAUGCCCACCAGAAAGGUGUAAAUUGUGUUGAUUACUUUACAGGCGGUGAUAAGCCCUAUCUGAUUACUGGUUCUGAUGACCACACUGCUAAGGUAUGGGACUACCAAACAAAGAGCUGUGUUCAGACAUUGGAAGGCCACACGCACAACGUUUCUGCUGUUUGUUUCCAUCCUGACCUUCCAAUUAUUAUCACCGGCUCUGAGGAUGGGACAGUUCAUAUCUGGCAUGCGACCACUUAUAGGCUAGAAAAUACAUUGAAUUAUGGUCUUGACAGAGUUUGGGCAGUCGGAUAUAUGAAAGGCUCACGGAGGAUUGUGAUUGGAUAUGAUGAAGGAACUAUUAUGGUGAAAAUUGGCCGUGAAGUACCUGUAGCAAGUAUGGACAACACUGGGAAAAUCAUAUGGGCUAAGCAAAAUGAAAUUCAAACCGUGAAUAUUAAGAGCGUAGGAGCAGAUUUUGAGGUUACUGAUGGAGAAAGAUUGCCCUUGGCUGUUAAGGAAUUGGGGACCUGCGAUCUAUACCCUCAAAGCUUGAAGCAUAACCCAAAUGGGAGGUUUGUUGUAGUCUGUGGAGAUGGUGAGUACAUUAUAUAUACAGCUUUAGCAUGGAGAAAUAGGUCAUUUGGUUCAGCAUUAGAAUGCGUUUGGUCAUCUGAUGGUGAGUAUGCUGUUAGAGAAAGCACAUCAAAAAUCAAGAUUUUCAGCAAAAGUUUCCAGGAAAAGAGGAGUGUCCGACCAACCUUCUCUGCUGAGCAUAUUUUUGGGGGCACUUUACUGGCUAUGUGCUCCAAUGAUUUUAUUUGUUUUUACGAUUGGGCUGAAUGCAGGAUGAUUCGUCGAAUUGAUGUUACUGUGAAAAAUCUCUACUGGGCUGACAGUGGUGACUUGGUGGCAAUAGCUAGUGAUUCAUCUUUCUAUAUCCUAAAGUACAAUCAGGAUGUAGUUCAAUCUUACUUAGAUAGUGGAAGACCGGUUGAUGAACAAGGAGUUGAGGAUGCAUUUGAGCUUCUUCAUGAGACCAAUGAGCGUGUCAGGACUGGCAUUUGGGUGGGGGACUGUUUCAUUUACAACAACGCUUCAUGGAGACUUAAUUACUGUGUUGGUGGAGAGGUUACCACAAUGUUUCAUUUGGAUCGUCCGAUGUACUUGUUGGGAUAUCUUGCAAGUCAAAGUCGGGUAUAUCUGAUAGACAAAGAGUUUAAUGUUAUGGGAUAUACAUUACUUCUCAGCCUGAUUGAGUACAAGACUCUUGUGAUGCGUGGAGACUUGGAAAGGGCCAAUGAAAUUUUACCUUCAAUUCCUAAAGAGCACCAUAAUAGUGUGGCCCAUUUCCUGGAAUCGCGAGGAAUGGUAGAGGAAGCUCUGGAAGUAGCUACAGAUCCUGACUAUAGAUUUGAGCUUGCCAUACAGCUUGGUAAACUAGAUAUUGCUAAGGAAAUAGCUGCCGAAGUUCAGAGUGAGUCUAAAUGGAAGCAGUUGGGAAAAUUGGCCUUGUCCACUGGAAAGUUAGCAAUGGCUGAGGAAUGCAUGAAGCAUGCGAUGGACCUGAGUGGUUUAUUGCUGCUUUAUUCCUCCUUGGGAGAUGCUGAAGGAAUAUCAAGACUUGCAUCACUUUCCAUAGAGCAAGGGAAGAACAAUGUUGCUUUCCUUUGUUUAUUCAUGUUGGGUAAAUUGGAGGAUUGCCUUCAGCUUUUAGUGGAAAGCAAUCGGAUACCGGAGGCUGCUCUUAUGGCUCGAUCUUAUCUUCCAAGCAAGGUUUCAGAGAUAGUGGCAAUUUGGAGAAAAGACCUCAUCAAGGUUAAUCCAAAGGCUGCUGAAUCCUUAGCUGAUUCGCAAGAGUAUCCUAACUUGUUUGAGGAUUGGGAACUCUCUCUUUCUGUUGAGUCUAAAGUGACAGAAACAAGGGGUGUUUAUCCUCCUGCAUCAGACUAUUUGAACUGCGCUGAUAGAUCGCAAAUGACACUUGUGGAUGCUUUCAGAAGCAUGCAAGUGGAGGAUGAGGAGCCACUUGAAAAUGGUGAUCUUUAUCAUGAGGCUGCAGAACCAAAUGGAUUAGAGCAGAAUGAAGAAGAGGGUAGCCAAGAGGAGGUGGUUGUUGUGGAUGCUGAUUCCAAUGAUGGGGCAGUACUCGUCAAUGGUAACGAGCCUGAAGAAAAGUGGGGUACGAAUAAUGAAGGAUCCCGGUCAGCCUAAAAGCUAUUGGUCGGGGCAGUGUGAAAAUCGAUAUCGUCUCUGUUCUUACACCAGACCGUUACGUCCCAUGAAGACAUUCAUUUCGAGCUCCAGUCAGCACUUAUUUGAGGUUAGAAGCUGGGAUUCUUAUUAUUUCUUGAAGGAGAAAGCCUUGUAGUUUUUCUGGUUUGAAUUUGCUUAACGCGUGCCCGAAGUAUGCAUAUUGGCCCUUUAAAAGUGUGCAUGCAUCUGGAUCUUUAUAGUGAAUGUCUCCAGUCUCCGGAAUGUAGUGUUUGUUCCUUUCCAAAUAAAAUCUAAGUAGAGUGCGUCAAUAGGAUAAAGCAUUAUCAUUAUCAUUGUUUUAACAGAUUUCAAACUAUGAUGUCUGAUUGUCUUGCGUACCCGGUGGUUUGGAGCUGUCAAGAACAUUGAAUUUUGGCUUGGGGAGGGCAUAUACAAUUACUGGUUAGCUUUGAAACUAUUAUUUUAGUUGCUUUGUUUUAAGUUUGACCAUAUAUAUAUAUAUAUAUUCUUUCGGGGCAUUGUUCGAUGUGCCAUUAUGAAUGUAGAAAGAACUUAAGAAUUAGUGAUGAUUAUCCGAUUCUAGCUCAUUUCUA